UUGUGCAGCGAGCUGCUGCACUCUGCCUCUCAUGUUCCCGCUCACUGUUGAUUAGUCUCACACACGUUUGCUUUUGUAGCUGCUUUCUGCUUCACUUAUCUGCCUUACAUCUUCUUACUUUAACUUCUCACUACACUGUUUCCCUCCAGAGUGGAGAGAUGAGAGGAGAGCUGUGGGACUGUGUUUUGUUGAGAACAAUAACUGCAGCAAAUCUUUGAAGAAAAUUGUCUCUUGGAACGCCAGAAGGGUGGAAAAGGGAAGAAGGAGCACUGGCUAAGAGUUUUUUUUACUCUUUUUUUUCUUCUUUUCGGGGGCGCAGACGUUGUCCUCCAGAUAAUGAGGAUGAUCCAAAGCCACACACACUGAGACUUUAAAACGGACAACAUAGCUGGACACUUAACAACGGAGAAAUAACCCAAGGAGAAGGGAAUUUAAAAGAAGCCAUUAUGAAUGCCACAGAAUACCAUGGACUGAUCCAAGGCUACCACAACAGAAGCCAAACCUCAGGCAAUUUGCCAUUUAACAAAGACUUAUCAGGAGAGGAAAAAGACUCAUCUUCUGGAUGUUAUGAGCAGCUGCUUAUUUCCACUGAGGUUUUCCUGACUCUGGGCAUCAUCAGUUUGCUGGAGAACAUCCUGGUUGUUGCUGCUAUAAUCAAAAACAAGAACCUUCAUUCACCUAUGUACUUUUUCAUCUGUAGCCUUGCAGUUGCUGACAUGCUCGUCAGUGUCUCUAAUGCCUCAGAGACUAUUGUUAUAGCACUCAUCAAUGGCGGCAGCCUGACCAUUCCUGUCACACUGAUUAAAAGCAUGGACAAUGUGUUUGACUCUAUGAUCUGUAGCUCUCUGUUGGCAUCCAUCUGCAGUUUGCUAGCAAUCGCCAUCGACCGCUAUAUCACCAUCUUCUAUGCCCUGCGAUACCACAACAUUGUCACCCUGCGUCGUGCAAUGCUGGUCAUCAGCAGCAUCUGGACGUGCUGCACCAUUUCCGGCAUCUUAUUCAUCAUCUAUUCGGAAAGCACCACUGUACUCAUCUGCCUCAUCACCAUGUUCUUCACCAUGCUGGUGCUCAUGGCAUCACUCUAUGUCCACAUGUUCCUGUUGGCUCGCCUGCACAUGAAGCGGAUCGCAGCCCUACCGGGCAACGCUCCCAUCCAGCAGCGUGCCAACAUGAAGGGGGCCAUCACCCUCACCAUUCUCCUUGGGGUAUUUGUGGUAUGCUGGGCGCCUUUUUUCCUCCACCUCAUCCUUAUGAUCAGCUGCCCCAGGAACCCCUACUGCACCUGCUUCAUGUCCCAUUUCAACAUGUACCUCAUCCUCAUCAUGUGCAACUCUGUCAUUGACCCCAUCAUCUAUGCUUUUCGCAGCCAAGAGAUGAGAAAAACCUUCAAAGAGAUUUUCUGCUGCUCGCAUGCUCUGCUGUAUGUGUGAGCUGCCUGUAAAGGGUCCGCUGUGAACCCACAGCCUGCAAUUUAAAUCGAAACCUGGCCAACAUGGACUCUGAGAGUAUGAUAUCUCACAUGUUGCUGGUAAAUGAUUUAUUUGGGCACCCAUCUUUGGUUUCAGGUUGCUGAAGAGGUAGGUUUACAAACAUCUUGUAAUAUAGCACAUUUCUCUUCAGACAAGUGCUAAUUUGUUUUGUAGUGAAUGCCAUUCAUAAGUGCAAUUUCAAGUUUGAAGUGACCAGCAAUUGGAGAUUGCUUCUCUUUCUCACUCGGAAAAUAUUUUCUAUUUACCUUUUGCGGUCAAGAGAGCUAACAUAUUGCUUGUUGUUAUUAACUUUGUAUGUGCAGGAUUAUGACACUGAAGUAUUGUGGCAGCAUAGAACAUAAAUGCCACAGUAAAUUAAUUAUAUAUGGCACAUCUAACAGAGUAUAUACAGACUACCUCCAGGUUUGGGAGUGCCAUUCUCCUCAAAACAUAUACAGUGCAUAUUGAAAGCAUAUAUAUAUAUAUAUAUAUAUAUAUAUAUAUAUGCAUAAAAGUCCUCAACCCUCAGUACAUUUCUUUCUCAUGCACUCCAUGGAACUGUGUCUACAUCUGGACUGUUUUACGAGUUUUUCUCCAAGUUAUAAACUACAAAUUUGCUAAAGUGGCAAAGCAAUCAAUGCUGAAAUAGAAAACAGGCUAAAACAGCUUGUUUCAAAAAAGCUAUUUUGAAGAAAUGAGGUGUUGCACAAGAAUUUCUGAGCCAUUCAUAGAGGAUAAGAGCACUCAAACAAGAUUGUUCUGGAAAUGAGAAGAAUACCAGCAACAAAUACCACACCUCCGUGCUUUGUUCACCUGCUGAUUCUCAUGUCAAGAACCUUUUUCUAAUGCUUGCGCACAAGAAUUUGUCGAUGAUCAUCUAAAAUUUUGGAUGGCACAGCUGUAAAAUAUAUAUAAAAAGGUCAGUGUAUUUCUCAGGCAUAAUAGCAUUUCUUGUUAUGAUUGCGUUCCUGUAUUUGAUGCAGGGCAACAACCACAAAUGAGUAGAAAGCUGCUUUAACUUGUUGUUAUUAAUGAUUUCCUCUGAGCAAAAAGCCGAAAAAAGAGCCUCAAUGUGGAAACGAUGAAAGUCCACUUAUAAAAUGUGCUGAUUUUAAAUCAAAGCUCCUUGACUUUGUGGCUUGUGUAGAUAUUUCUGUGAAUUUGCACAUGUGGGUUGUUCUCUCACUUUCAGCAUGUACAUGUGACUAUAAAAAACUAUUUUCAUCAUGUUUAUGUAAUGAAACAGACUAAACUGAAUGUAUUUUUAUGUAUGUGUUGUGUAACUUGUUGCUGCCUUAAAUAUGUUGCACUGUGACAAAAAAGAACAACUGUAUCCUCUGUGACAGUAUUUCACAAACAGAUUUACUAUGUAAGUGAAUGCUAUUUUAAAUAUUGCCUUAUGUAUUUGUGUCUUUUUAAACUUGAAGCUGAUUUAUAUGCACAUGAAAAAAAAAAGUAAAAGCAGCCUUGUAUUUUUCUGGCCAAAGCUUCGCCUGGAAUUUGAUUCAUGCGUGCCAAUGAAGGUGUUUGCUUGACCACUGUGUGAAUCACUGCUGCAGAGGAGCUUCAAUAA